UAGCUCGCAAGCUACAUGGUCAAUAUAGCUGCAACCGAACCGAUCGGUAGUAGUAAAUAUCUGUUGCGUUGCUUCAUGACCGUGAUUGAGUUGACAUAUGAGACGGUGCUUAUAUGAUGUUUUAAGUUGUUGAGCUCAGAACGUUGUUUUUCUUUACCGGAUUGGCUGACAACAAACCGGCCUGACACCAUGGCCAGUGCGCCCAACGCCAACCUGAAUGCAGUCCGGGAGACGAUGGAUGUCCUUCUGGAGAUCUCCCGGCUGCUGAACACUGGUUUGGACUUGGAGUCUCUAUCCAUCUGUGUGAGAUUGUGCGAGCAGGGCAUCAACCCAGAGGCCCUAUCUUCAGUGAUCAAAGAGCUACGUAAAGCAUCAGAAUCACUUAAGGCGUCUGAAAACUGCACAAACUGACAUUCAAACACAGUUUCAGGAGCUACUGGAAGGAACAACUGAUAUUGUUCCUCCAAGCAACGAUCAUUUUUUCCAGUGUCGGCCCGUACACGCGUUGUUAGCGGAUGCUGUUUGCUACUUCAGUGGCAUGAGAUGCACUUUUCCGAGAAUGAUGAAAAACAGUCUUUGCAUGCAGCAUUUUUUUUGUCAGCACUCUCCUGGCCCUUUUUUCUUCUCUCCGUCGAAGUUAAAACUUUAUAGUGAACAACCAGGAGGUGGCGCCGUUGAAUUAGUUUUCAAGUUAAAUCGUUCAGUCGUAUGAUCAGCGACAGCUGCACUGUACUGGGGUCAUCAAAUGAACCACUGUUAGUGUUUGUUUUUUAAAAUCCAAACGUCUACUGAGAAUCCUGCACUGCGGUUUCUCAUGUUGCUUUCAUAUUUUUAAGUACCUUGAACAAUGCCUGUAAUUUGUAAUUGAUAAUCCGAUGUUCUGCCACAAAUAUAAAGAUAUAUGUUGAAUAUCUGGUGUAUGUUCUUUUAAUUUCCAGAGAAACCUCAACACUAACUACUGAUCUCAGUUUUCAUUUCUAUGGCUUCUCUUGACAAAAGUCUACAUGGGCUACAACUUAGUGGCCCUCCAUAUUGUGGCUGUAUUUGGUGUACUUUGUGUUUUCAUCUGAGUGCUACAGCGUUUCUCUAUGAUCUGUUAAAGAUAAUGAUAAAUGUGUGUCCCACCAUUGAAAACCUUGGCCUACUAAAGGGUAGUUUGCGACUAUGGAGUCCCUUCUGAUGCUGAAGUGCUUGUAGUCCACACUUGAAAUGAACAAUGCAUCACAUAUCCAACC